AUGGCAAAGGGUAAAGGAAAGAAUAAGCUUGGAAAAACAGGCGGAAACGGUGCGAUAAGGACUAAUUCCAAUGGUCACCAUUCGAGACAUAAUAAUAAGAAAAUGGAGUUUAAACAGCAUGUAUCCAGAGAGACGAGUUUCCCUGUAAAGUUAGCAAUGUGGGAUUUUGAUCACUGUGAUCCCAAGCGUUGUUCUGGUAAGAAACUGGAACGAUUAAACUUAAUCAGAUCGUUGAAGAUAAAUCAAAAAUUCCAAGGUAUUACUGUUUCACCAAAUGGUAAGAAAUUUGUAUCACCGGAAGAUCGUGAAUUGGUGACAGAGUUUGGUUGUGCUGUUGUAGAAUGUUCUUGGGCCCGUAUAGACGAAAUCCCAUUCUCAAAAUUCAGUACACCAAAACUAGACAGACUUUUACCGUAUCUUGUUGCUGCUAAUCAAGUUAAUUACGGUAGACCAUGGAAAUUAAACUGUGUGGAGGCUAUUGCUGCUUGCUUGGCUAUUGUUGGGUUCAUGGAUUUGGCUGAGGAGUUACUGUCACAUUUCAGCUGGGGUGUCAAUUUUUUGAAAUUGAAUAGAGAAUUACUUGAAAUCUAUCAACAGUGUACAGACUCUGAUGAAAUUGAAGCUGCACAAGAUGCAUGGAUGGAUCAAAUCGAGAAGGAAGUGCAGGAGAGGAAGGCUUCUAACAACGCUCAGAAUGUAGACAUCUGGAUGAGUGGUAACGUUAACAGAAUAGACGAAAGCGAUGAAGAUAAUGAGGAUGAAGACAGCGAAGAUGAGGAGGUAACAUAUGAUAACUUAGGUAAUAUUAUUGAAAAUGAACCAAGAGAAGUGAGGUACGAUAAUCUCGGCAACAUAAUAGAAGAAAGUUCAGAGGAGAGCUCAGGAGAAGAAGAAGAAGAUGAAGAAGAAGAUGUGAAAUAUGACUCGCUGGGAAACGUAAUUGAAGAAUCUGAGUCGCUACAAAAGAAACUAGAUGGGCUGAAUAUAUGA